UUCUCUUCUCUUUGCCAUUGGCUUUGGAUUUCACUGUAGAGAAGCGCGUCAUUUGGAGUGGGGACGAUGAGGGUCUUGUUAGAGCACCACUUGCAGCGUGGAGGGGUGUAUGUGUCUCUGCUGGUGCUUCUCCUUCCGGUGCUUUGCCCUUCUCUCUUCUCACCGCUUGGUCAUGCCUCUCCUUCUUUGUUCUCGGAAUGGAAUUCUCCUAAACCUAGGCACUUGUCUCUUAUGAGUGGCGCUUUACAACGCCAAAUUUCAAAUGAACAGAAAUCUGAUCUCUGGGCCCCUUUGCCACCUCAAGGAUGGAAACAAUGUAAACAAACCCGGAACAAUCCCAUUCUCCCUGAGGUGCCAAAUGGGUACAUUCAAGUAUUCCUUGACGGAGGGCUCAACCAACAGAGAAUGGGGAUAUGUGAUGCAGUUGCAGUUGCUAAAAUAUUAAAUGCUACACUUGUGAUCCCACACCUUGAAGUAAACCCUGUUUGGAAAGAUUCAAGCUCAUUUGAGGAAAUAUUUGAUGUGGAUCACUUUAUUAAUGUUUUGAAAGAUGAAAUCUCAAUAGUAAGAAACUUGCCUGAAGAAUAUUCUUGGAGCACAAGAGAGUACUACGCCGUAGCAAUUAGGGCUACAAGAGUUAAAUCUGCACCUGUUCAUGCUUCAGCUAACUGGUACCUGGAGAAUGUUUUGCCAGUGCUGGAAAGUUAUGGUAUUGCUGCUAUUGCUCCCUUCUCGCACCGUCUCGCUUUUGACAGCUUGCCUGAGGAUAUCCAACGAUUACGUUGCAAGGUCAACUUCCAAGCAUUGACUUUUGUUCCUCACAUCAACGAACUAGGCGAAGCCCUUGUCCACCGCUUGAGGUAUCCAGCCCGGCCGCAAUCUGGUGCAGAUGAAUUCAUACAGAUGUCAGUGGAGGAAAGCCACAGUGAAAGUUUUGGAAAGUUUGUGGUAUUGCAUCUUCGCUUUGAUAAGGACAUGGCUGCUCAUUCAGCCUGUGAUUUUGGUGGAGGUAAAGCAGAAAGGCUAGCUUUGGCCAAGUACAGGCAGGUGCUUUGGCAAGGGAGAGUCUUAAACUCCCAAUUCACUGAUGAGGAGCUGCGGAGUCAAGGUCGAUGUCCUUUGACUCCUGAAGAAAUUGGAUUGUUGCUGGCAGCCUUAGGCUUUGACAGUCAAACCCGUCUUUAUCUCGCCUCUCAUAAGGUCUAUGGUGGAGAAGCGAGAAUCUCAAGUUUGCGCAAGCUUUUCCCUUUAAUGGAAGACAAGAAGAGCCUUACUACUGAAGAGGAGCUCGCAAAAGUUGAAGGGAAGGCUUCUCUUUUAGCUGCUGUUGAUUACUAUGUUAGCUUGAACAGUGACAUUUUCAUUUCCGCCUCUCCUGGCAACAUGCAUAAUGCCAUGGUCGGUCAUCGAACAUACGAGAACUCAAAGACAAUACGGCCAAACAUGGCUUUGCUAGGACAGCUCUUUCUGAACAAGAGCAUGGAUUGGUCUGAAUUUCAACAAGCUGUGCAGACUGGGCACAGGAACAGACAAGGCCAGAUUAGGUUGAGGAAGUCAAAGCAAUCCAUAUACACAUAUCCUGCUCCUGAUUGCAUGUGUGAGGGCUGACGUUUGGAAAGUCCAGUUUCCACUUCUCAUUGGUGACUAGUUUCUCUAUUUCAUUUCUAGUAAUACAAGGUCAGACCUCUAGCUUUCAUUUCAUUUGUAAUUGUGAUUCUAUCUACAUGAUAUCAUUAAUUAAUCUCACAA